AACUGGACCCGCGGGCGCCGCGCAGUGCAGCCUGGGUCGGCGUAGCCAUGGCGGCUCGUGUCCUUUGCUCCUGUGUCCGCCGACUGCCCGCGGCCUUGGGGUCGCUGCCCCGGGUUCCCACGCUGGCCGCCGCCCGGCCGCUCAGCAUCAGGCUGUGCCCCGCGGGGACCCAGAUCAGGCCCGGGGUUCCCUCCCUGGCGCUCCUGCAGGUACCAGGCAGAAUUACACAGCUGUGCCGGCCAUAUAGUGACGCGCCCCCUCUGACAAUAGAGGGCAUCAAGGACCGUGUUCUUUAUGUUUUGAAACUGUAUGACAAGAUUGACCCUGAGAAGCUUUCAGUAAAUUCCCAUUUUAUGAAAGACCUGGGCUUAGACAGUUUGGACCAAGUGGAGAUUAUCAUGGCUAUGGAGGACGAAUUUGGGUUUGAGAUUCCUGAUAUAGAUGCAGAGAAGCUGAUGUGUCCACAAGAAAUUGUAGAUUACAUUGCAGAUAAGAAGGAUGUGUAUGAAUAAAGUAUCAGAUCCCUUUCCUUCACAGAUAGAAGACUUGGAAUAUACAGAAGAGUGUCUGGCAGGAGAACACAUUUUGGCAUUACUGCUGACAUUGACAGAGUAAUUCUGUUUAGACUUGUAUUUAAAUUGUCUAAGUGUUUUUGCCCUUUGAGAAUAAAUCUAUAAAA